AUGGCGAUAUUCAAGAAGAACUCGCUGAAAACGCGGGAUGAUCAGAAGACCAACGCUGCAGAGUUGACGUUACGGCAAUCGAUCUAUCCGAUCUGCUUGGUUACGAUUCUGUUCUUCCUUUGGGGGUUUUCGUACGGACUUCUCGAUACAUUGAACAAGCAUUUCCAAAAUACGCUUGGCAUCACAAGAUCUCGGUCUUCGGGAUUGCAGGCAGCUUACUUUGGAGCAUACCCCCUUGCUUCGCUCGGACAUGCGAAUUGGAUCCUUAGACACUAUGGAUACAAGCCCGUCUUCAUUUGGGGUCUCUGUCUUUACGGUAUCGGUGCGCUGGUCGCAUGGCCUUGUCUCCUCCAUCGCUCAUUCGGAGGAUUUUGUGCUGCAAUUUUCAUCAUUGGUAAUGGAUUGGGUUCGCUGGAAACUGCUGCCAAUCCAUACAUCACUGUUUGCGGACCUCCUCGCUAUGCAGAGAUGAGAAUCAAUAUCUCCCAAGCCUUCAACGGAAUUGGUACGGUCGUGGCCCCAGUGCUAGGCUCCUACGUCUUCUUCAAGCAGACCGGCGACGACACCAAAUCUCUGAAGAGUGUGCAAUGGGUCUACCUAGCCAUCGCAUGCUUCGUCUUCCUCCUAGCCGUAGUCUUCUACUUCUCUCCAAUCCCCGAAAUCACAGACGCAGACAUGGCCUUCCAAGCCGAAGAAACCCACGCCAACGAAGACAUCAAGCCCUUCCGCAAACAGUACCGGCUCUUCCACGCUGCCUUCGCGCAGUUCUGCUACACUGGCGCACAAGUCGCCAUUGCUAGCUAUUUCAUCAAUUACGUCAAUGAGACGCGACGCAACACAGAUCCAUCCCUCGCUGCUAAGUUCCUAGCUGGGGCUCAAGGCGCUUUCGCACUAGGACGAUUCGUUGGCGUGGGGAUGAUGAAGUUUAUACGGCCGCGCUGGGUUUUCUUGUUCUUCCUAGGUAUGUGUAUUGUGUUCAUCGCACCGUCUAUUACCCAGAGGGAGAACACGGGUAUGUCGAUGCUGUAUGUUACACUCUUCUUCGAGAGUAUAUGCUUCCCCACGAUCGUCGCGCUGGGUAUGCGUGGACUGGGCAAAUACACCAAACGUGGCUCGGGAGUCAUCGUAGGUGGAGUCGCUGGGGGCGCUGUUGUUCCUCCUUUGCUGGGAGCUGCUGCUGAUGCGAAUGACUCGACUGCUAUUGCGAUGAGUGUCCCGCUUGCUUUCUUUGUGGCGGCUUUCACUUAUGCGGUUUGUGUGAACUUCGUGCCGGCGUAUAGGGAUGUGGCGGAUAAGUUUACGGUUGCGGAGGUGGGUAUGGCGGGGAAUAUUGCGAAGGUGCAGGCGGGAAUUCUGGCUGAUAAUCCGACUGCGAGGGGAGAUGAGGAGAAGGCUGGUGCGUUGGAAAGGGAGGAUGUUACUGCAGCGCCGGAGGUGAAGUAUUGA